AUGUCUCAACAACAAGAGCAUCAUCACACACAUGAUAAUGGUCAUGAAUAUGUCGAAGAGGCUGUUUUUAAAUAUGUCUCAGGCCCAAUAUCAGGCUCAGCUGAUGAAGAUAGUCCUACGGCUAUAGGUCAAGUAACAGGUCGAAGAAGUUCUACGGCGGCUAACAAUAGAGGUCCUUCAAAUAGAAGUAUUUCAAAUCAUAAUGAUAUCAAUGUUCAUGGAGUUAAGGAAAAAGAUAAAGAGAUGGACUGGUUUUUAAAACAUAAUGAUGAUGAGGAACUUCACGAUACAGGCAAUUCUGGUGGUGGAAAUGCUGUUUCCAGUGUUGAUACGGAGGAUUCUAAUGCAGCAGCCGCGGUAGCCGCAGCCGCGGUAGCCGCCGCUUUUGAAGACAGAGGGUUGAAAAGACAAGGAUCUGGUGAGCUUGGAGGUGAAUUACUUAAAAAGACCAAGAAACAGAAAUCUAAGGCUGAGAAGGUCAAGUCCCACAUGGGUGCUGUGGAUCCUGAAUUGGCCUCUUUAGAUAAUACUGACAAUGAUCAAUUAGUCAGGAAGGCCAUUAUGGAUGUAGACCACAUUGCACAGCACCCUGAUAUUCAACAGUACUUAAACACUGGCGAUGGCAGCGAAAAGGAUAAAGGAAAAGACGAUGAUUUGAAUCUUCCACCUCCUUACGACGACAAUGAGCCUAAGAUUGCUCUUAAAAAGACGGAGGUGUUGCCAAAGGUGCUUGACCCUGAUUCACCAGACAGGGAUAUUAGCAAUUUGAUAAGGGAGGCUGUGAAAAAAGCUGCCCAUAUUAUAAAUCUGCAAACGCAGUCUACAGGUAAAUCCUUUGAUGAGACAGAAGAGGAGGCUCUAGAGCAGUUUGUACAGGACUACCAGGUCAUUAAAGGUAUAUCAAGACGCCAAAUAUGUGAAAGGAUCUGGAGUAAUGAGAGACGUAAGGAUGAUUUUUGGACAAAUAUCUGUCGCGUCCUACCUUAUAGGACAAGGUCUUCGAUAUACAAGCAUGUUCGUCGUAAGUACCAUAUUUUUGAACAGCGUGGAAAGUGGACACCUGAGGAAGAUGCAGAAUUAGCCCGUUGGUGCAUGGAGAAGGAAGGACAAUGGUCCAAUAUUGGAAAGGUCUUAGGAAGGAUGCCUGAGGAUUGUAGAGACAGAUGGAGAAACUACAUCAAAUGUGGUACUGAUAGAGUUUCUAACAAAUGGUCUCCCGAGGAAGAGGAGAAGCUAAAAAAUGUAAUUACUGAGAUACUAGACAACGCGGCAAAGGGUGGAAUUGAGGAACGUGAAGAUAGUUAUGAAGGAGGAGAUGAUAUUCCGAAUAGCCGGAGCGCUGGGAAGGCGCUUGGCCAUGACCUUGAUAUGGUUAGUGUUGCGAAUAUGGGAUCGGAGUCUAGUGAUAAAAUGGGAUCCCUGCUGAGCGGUAAAGGUAAUGCUUCUCGGGAUAUAAUCAAUUGGACUAUAGUUAGUGAGCGGAUGGGCGGAAGGAGAUCUCGUAUCCAAUGUCGUUAUAAAUGGAAUAAGCUAUUAAAGAAAGAGGCUAUGAAUAAGAUUAAAUCUAUUAACGACGAGGACAAGAUGUGGCUUCUAGUAAAACUGAAAGACCUAGGCUUUACAGAGGACUUACAGGUCGACUGGGAAGAAUUAGCCGCCCUGAUGCCAGGCAGAAGAUGGACUGGUACCGAAUUAAAGUUAUGUUACGAAAAGUUAAGGACCAGCGUCCGUCACUACAAGAAGAAGUCUAUCAGUGAAAUCUGCAAAGAGCUUGUAGACUAUCAUGAUGAGCAGGCUCUUCUAUCGAAGAACUAA